UUUGCUGGCUCCAGUUUUUCCGCGGGGCGGAAAAGGCAUGUCUGCGUGUGUCCCAACCAUUUCUAGUCCCCUUUCCUUGCAGGACCUCAUGAGUAAGCUGUGGCGGCGUGGGAGCACCUCUGGGGCUAUGGAGGCCCCUGAGCCGGGAGAAGCCCUGGAGUUGAGCCUGGCGGGUGCCCAUGGCCAUGGAGUGCACAAGAAAAAACACAAGAAGCACAAGAAGAAACACAAGAAGAAACACCAUCAGGAAGAAGACGCCGGGCCUACGCAGCCGUCCCCUGCCAAGCCCCAGCUCAAACUCAAAAUCAAGCUUGGGGGACAAGUCCUGGGGACCAAGAGUGUUCCUACCUUCACUGUGAUCCCAGAAGGGCCUCGCUCACCCUCUCCCCUUAUGGUUGUGGAUAAUGAAGAGGAACCUAUGGAAGGAGUCCCCCUUGAGCAGUACCGUGCCUGGCUGGAUGAAGACAGUAAUCUCUCUCCCUCUCCACUUCGGGACCUAUCAGGAGGGUUAGGGGGUCAAGAGGAAGAGGAGGAACAGAGGUGGCUGGAUGCCCUGGAGAAGGGGGAGCUGGAUGAUAAUGGAGACCUGAAGAAGGAGAUCAAUGAGCGGCUGCUUACUGCUCGACAGCGAGCUCUGCUCCAGAAGGCGCGGAGUCAGCCUUCCCCGAUGCUGCCGCUGCCUGUGGCUGAGGGCUGUCCAGCUCCUGCCCUCACAGAGGAGAUGCUGCUGAAGCGCGAGGAGCGGGCGCGUAAGCGGCGGCUCCAGGCGGCGCGGCGGGCAGAAGAGCACAAGAACCAGACUAUCGAGCGCCUCACCAAGACUGCGGCGACCAGCGGGCGGGGAGGCCGGGGAGCCGCACGGGGCGAGCGGCGGGGAGGGCGGGCUGCGGCUCCGGCUCCCAUGGUGCGCUACUGCAGCGGAGCACAGGGUACCACCCUUUCCUUCCCACCUGGCGUCCCCGCCCCCACGGCGGUGUCUCAGCGGCCAUCCCCCUCAGGCCCGCCUCCGCGCUGCUCUGUCCCCGGCUGUCCCCAUCCGCGCCGCUACGCUUGCUCUCGCACCGGCCAGGCACUCUGCAGUCUUCAGUGCUACCGCAUCAACCUGCAGAUGCGGCUGGGGGGGCCCGAGGGCCCUGGAUCCCCCCUUUUGGCUACGCGGGAUUACCUGGCAGUCUCCGGCAUUUGGCGUCAUUCCGAAGACAUGGCGCAAGCCAAUCAGCGGUAACCUUGGUCUUCGGGGCGGCUGUUCGUUGGUUGAUAUGUCAGAGCCUGUUCUGCUGUCUAUAUUGGCUAGUGCCGCUGUCAGUCAGGGUCGUGGGUCGAACCUUCCCCUACUCUUUGUCUGUACAAGCUCUUGUUGUCUGGGAGAGCGGCGAAGGCGCUGCUGUGGAUUGGUCACAGGGAGAAACCUAUUAUCUGUUCCUAUUGGCCUGUCCGUCAAGGGACGAUGCUGAUUGGUAGGGCAGAGCAAUCUGAGUCCUAGUUGGUGGAGUUCUCCCCGGAUGGAAGCUUAGGCCGCGUAGUGAUGGUGGCGGCAGCGAAGAUGGGCCGGGCAGGGACCAUGGCGGUGGCAGCAGAGGUGGCAGGGGCGGGGCGGCUGGCGGUAGAGGAGGCUGUGGUCCUCAGGGGGCUGUAGGUGGAGGCAUGGCUCAGGCCAGCAGCGGGAACGGCAGCGCGGAGGCCUGGGGGGCACUUCGGGCAUCUCAACAGCAGGUAUCCCAACAGCUCCAAAGCCUAUCACG